AUGAGAGGUCAUCUCGAUCACACACGAUUUUCCGGAUUAUUCUGGAGUCGAAAGAUGCCAAUCAGAAAGAUGGACCUGUACAUAUGCUACCUUAACUCAAUGGACUUAGCUGGAAAUGUGAUAAGGCCAACUAAGCGAGGGGAAGGAGUUUAUCAGUUAUCGCGAUCGAAAUUGACUAGACUGCUCUCACAGGCUCUUGGCAGUAAUGCCAAUCAUUGA